UCACACCGCCUAUUCAACCAAACCACCAGUGUGUUGUAGCUUGCCCUGAUGCAGAUCAGGGAAUUUGGUUUAUGAUUGUACUCGCUGUAUAGGCUCAUCCGGUCACAUGGCCCUGCCGCCGCUCACCAUCCGGCCACCCCACAUUGUGCAUGCUUCAUGCAUAGCAAACUGCUGCUUCCAUUCUGGUGAUCAGGGCAGCAACCAUACGACGUUUAGUACGGAUAACAAACCAACAGUUAGGGUAUACUGCAAGUCACUAUUGAGGUACUCUCUGACGAUCCAUGGUGGUAAAGUCAUGCUUGCGCCGACCAGCACUUCUGAUCCUUACCAGCAUUGGAUCAAAGAAGAGAAGUUUAAAAGUAUUACGGAUGAAAAAGGGCAUUCUUCUUUCGCUUUAAUUAACAAAGCUACCGGUCAAGCCAUGAAACACUCAAUUGGUCCAGCUUAUCCGGUUCAGCUGAUCAAGUAUGACCCCGAUAAACUCGACAAGUCUGUUCUUUGGACUAGGGGUAUCACUAGAGUAGAGGGUUAUACUUCAAUUAGGUCAGUCGAUAAUUAUCAUCUUAAUUUAGAUGCAUAUGACUCUACCAAGAAUCUUGAAAGGACAGAAAUUCAUCAAUAUGGAUGGAAUGGAGGCAGUAACCAGCUUUGGAAUUUGUCCUCUUACUGAUAUCAUGUCAUGUGGAAUUUCGAAGUCUAGUGAUACGGGUUCGACACUUCAUGGAGAACCACCCGAAGAGACAAAUAUGGAUAUCGAACCGACCUCUCGUGGCUAAGACGAGGCCCAGUUUGAAUAAAGAUCCAAUCCAACCAACCAAUAUCUAUUCGUUUUCUUUAAGUUCGUAACUUUUGUUUAUGUUUAUUUAGUUUCCUUAAUUGUGGGAUUUCCAUAUAUCUUUCUGUUUUGUUCCUAUAUAAAUUAUUGUAUCUAUGUUGGUUGGAUUGUUAAGUUUAUUUAAUAAAAUAAAAAUUCUCUUUCUUUUGAA